AUGUCUUCCAAAAGUAGGGUAGAGAAGGAGCAAGCGUCGCUGAUUAUGUUACUUCCCGAGGACGUCAUUGUUGACAUCUUAGCGCGUGUACCGAGAUGCAACAAUCCAACACUUUCUCUCGUUUCAAAGCACUUCCGGUCACUCGUUAUGUCGCCUGAGCUAGACGCGAGGAUCAUUGUUGGGCUGCAUCGAACACUGAAAGCCAACGGCAAACGCCGCUUGGUCCUUAUCCCCUCGCUUACCGAUUUGUGUUUCCCUAGAAGCUUUAUCGCGAUGGGUUCGAGGAUAUAUGCGUUUGGUGGGAAUAACUAUCACAACAAGACAUCAAGGGCCUUAAGCAUCGACUGUCAAUCUCACACGAUAUACGUAACUGGGUAUAAGGGUAUGGAGGGGAUGGUGGUGUUCAAUACAGAAACACAAAUGUGGGAGCCUGAGAUGAUAAACACAGGCAAUGUGAUACGUAUCACGUGGCCUGGUGGUGUGUUUAUGGCUGAUAAGCUGUACAUAAGAGGUUAUGAUCGUAAGACUCCUAAGAGCUUUGUUUACGACCCAAAGAAGUGUAAAUGGGAAACAGACGAGAUGUUGGAUUCUAAGGAGUGGGAGAACGCGUGUGUAGUUGAUGACGUAUUGUACUACUACGAUUCUGAUUGUGUUGAGAGUAUGUUAAGAGCGUAUGAUCCAAAGCAAAAGUGUUGGAGUGUGGUGAAAGGUUUGGAAGAGUUGUUGCCUGAGACGACAAGUUCAUGGUGGUCAAAGACUGUGAGUUACGGUGAGAGACUGGCUUUGUUUUUUCAUAAAGGUGGAAGAGUAAUAUAUGAGAUUUGGUGUGCGGAGAUUUCGUUGAAAAGACAUCAAGGAGGAGAGAUUUGGGGUAAAGUUGAGUGGUGUGAUCAUGUUUUUACUGGGAAUUUUAACGCGACCACAUAUUUAGCUGUAAUGGUUUGA